AAUCAAUCUGUCCACCAGGUGGCGCCACUUUGUUGACGGAGAUGGAGACAAUGAGCGGGACAACUGACAACAACCGGGGACUUCAGUCAGUCGAAGGAGGAGUGUCUCUAAAGGCUAAAACCGAAGGCUUUUUUUCCGGGAUGGAUCGUGUGACUGUGUGCCAGAGGAGCUACCCGAACCUAGCCGUAGUGACACGUGUGUUGAGUCAAGACCGAGGGGACUUUAUGGUCAGCAGAGAGGUCAGGAGCACUGGUUUCAUUUUCCAAGGAGAGCAUGAUGAUAGGACUGCGCCACAGCAGUAUCGCAACCGUAAAGGCAGGGACAGCAACAAGGGUCGGUCAAAUGACAGGUCCCGCAGAGACCGCCCAAGAGGUGGUGGCCCUGGAGGCUUUGGAGGUCCUGGGCCACGGUCUAGGCUUGAUGAUCCCGAUGGAGAUGUAACUAUGAGCGACAACUCCCAGGACAACAGCUCCCAGAACAGAUUCAACCCAUAUGUAAGACCUUUUCGGAAAAGAGGGGAUGGACGGUUUGACAGAGACAGACGACGAGGAGGAGGAGGAGGAGGAGGAGGAGGAGGAAACAGGGGAGGUGGUGGCAACUUUAGGGGCCCGGACAGAGGUGGAGGAGGCGGCACUGGAGGAGUAGGGAAAGCCCGGUCAGGAUGGUACAAAGUAACGAUACCACACGGGAGGAAAUAUGACAAGAAAUGGAUAUUGACAGCACUUCAGAACAUCUGUUCAGUUACCUACACACCUGUCCAGUUCCACGUCGACCAUAAUCGAGCUCAUUUCUAUGUGGAUGAUUCAUCUGCUGCUAACGCUUUGCACAGAUGUUCCCACAAAAUCACAGACACAGAUGGCUAUAAGGUCGAAGUGCACGUCAACCCCAGCAAUCCACCAUCCUUUCUCCUCGCUGACCUGAAGCCUGAACACUUGGAACAUCUUAAGCAAUGCAUGGCAAAACGUUUUGAUGGUUCUCAGCAAUCACUGGACUUGAACAACAUCAGAACGGACCCAGACUUGGUGUCCCAGAACAUUGAAGUCAUCUUGAACCGAAAGUCAAACAUGGAAGCUGUUAUCAAGAUCAUCCAAGAAAACAUUCCAGAGUUGACAUGCUUGAACAUGAGUAACAACCGAAUUCACAAACUGGAUGAACUUGGUGAAUUGGUUACAAAGGUGCCUAAUCUGAAGACACUCAACCUUUCCCACAACGAGCUGAAGUCCGACCGGGAGCUGGACAAAGUGAAAGGCCUCAAGCUAGUGGAACUGUGGCUCAACAGGAACCCGUUGUGUGACUUCUUCAAGGAUCAGGCCUCAUACAUCAGUGCUGUGCGACAGAGGUUUCCCCGGCUUCUCAAACUGGAUGGUAACGACCUCCCACCACCCAUUGGCUUCGAUGUGGAAACGCCCACCACCAUUCCUCCCUGCAAGGGCAGCUGUUUUGGCUCUGAUGAAAUCAAGGCUCUUAUCCUUCGUUUCUUGCAACAGUACUACAGUAUUUACGACUCGGGGGACAGACAGCCGCUCCUUGAUGCUUACCAUGAUGGAGCAUCACUGUCCCUUACAACACCGUACUCCACCCAGAACCCCUCCAGGAGCAGUCUGGGAGAGUAUCAUAAAGACACCCGAAACCUGAAGAGGAUAAAAGACUCCACGAUACGGUUUCGACUCCUGAAGCACACGCGCCUGAACGUUGUGGCAUUCCUCAACGAGCUACCCAAAACUCAGCACGACAUCGCCUCCUUCACUGUUGAUGUGAACACUUACACUAACAUGCUACUAUCAUUCACAGUGAGCGGCGUCUUCAAAGAAGUUGUUGUUGAUGGAAAAUCCAGAGAGUCCACCAUGGCUUUCUCUCGGGUUUUCAUCACAGUCCCAGCAGGUGGUGCAGGUUUGUGCAUCGUGAACGACCAGAUGUUCAUCCGGAUGGCUACCACGGAGGAGAUUCGCAGAGCCUUUGUUGCUCCCGCUCCGACUCCAUCUUCAAGUCCUGUCCCCACUCUCACGGCGCCUCAGCAGGAGAUGCUCACUGCCUUCUCACUGAAAUCCGGCAUGAACCUGGAAUGGUCACAAAAGUGUCUUCAAGACAAUGGGUGGGAUUUUAACACAGCGGCACAAGUUUUCACCCAGUUAAAGACGGAAGGCAAGAUCCCAGACGUCGCGUUCAUAAAAUGAAGGGUUGAAUCAUAAUUCUGUGUAAUAAAAUCUGAAGUUAUUUUA